AUGCGCGUCGAUCUCAGCGCCACCGCGCGGGAGCAGUUUUUCGAGUCGGUCGUCCUGAAGUUUGACAUGAUGUGUAUUGCGGUGAAAUGUACAAAGGCGUGUAAGUCCUGCCGCGCUUGCCACUAUGCCCUCGAGCAAAUUCAGUCGCUCGUGAAGGGGCGGGAUUCUGAAAAACAAUUAUGCCCGCUGCUCGAGAAUUGUGUGGAGACGUGCGUGAAGACGGAUGCUGGAAAGGCCCUCGCCUGCGUGGCCGACCGUUGCAACAUCCACUGCUACGACGGGGAUUGCCCGUCGUGCAAGCAGCUCAGCAAGCGCAUGUUCUCCCGGGUGUGCAAGGAUCUCUCGCUGACGAAACUCCCCCAAAUCGCUUUCCCCGGCGAGUGCCCGGAGCUGUUCCAGGCCAUGUCCGACGAGUUUGUCGCCAAGAAGAAGCGGGUU